GUGAAUGGAUAACGUGGAAAUACGGCCACGGCGAAGCGCCAGGCUGGCAGGCGACAACCUUGAGGAGAGCUCUGUGAUAUCGGGCAAAGUAGAGACCGCGGAUCGAUCUUGUGGCGAAGAAGAGGAUAAGUCGUUCGGCUCCUAUAUGACGUCAUUGGUCCUUCUACUCACGCUCCUCGCUACAUCGCUGUGCAUGAUGUGGCUCCUCUAUCAGGGGUUUCCUCCUUUGAGCAAACUGUAUAGGAAUCAGCUUCACACAACGUUCGGUGAUAAGAGUUUUACUCAGCUUCUGACUAACACAACGGGUCAGGAUAUGUUAGUGGUACAAGAAACUCUCGAGUUCUACAUCGAAGGUCACUACACGGAAGUGCUGCUACUAUUUUGUGCGUCAUAUACCUUCCUGCAGACCUUCGCCAUUCCAGGGCCUAUAUUCUUAUCCCUACUAGCGGGAGCUUUAUUCGGGAGGAUGAAGGGAUUCUUUCUGGUGUCGACCUGUGCUACGGCCGGCGCUACUCUCUGCUAUACACUCUUCCGUGUGGUGGGCCGUCCAGUUGUGAUGCAUUUCUUCCGCCCGGCAAUGACCAGGUUCAAGAGGCAGUUGGACAAGCGACGUGACAGCUUGUUCUGGUACAUGUUGUUUUUACGUAUUACGCCAAUAGUGCCUAAUUGGUUCAUAAAUAUCUCUACAGGGAACCUCGGACUGAACUCCAGGACGUUCUUCUUUGGUACGUUGCUUGGUCUUAUUCCGAAUAAUAUUAUAUUGGUCAACAUGGGCAGCGAACUCGCUGAAAUCCAGCACGUGGGAAGCUUCAACGCUAAGAACUUCCUAGUCCUCUUGGGUCUAGGAUGUUUGGCACUAAUCCCGACGUUGUUGAAGCGUCAGCUCUCCACUGACGAGAAUGACGACCAUCUGCUGGUGCCUGUGGCGGCUGAUCACGAGGAUGCUACCAAGAAACGGAAAAAUUGA